UCAGUCAUAUAAAACACUUAUUUUUCUACUUUAUUGCCAUCUUUACAAAGCAACCCUUUCUUCAGAUAUUUGUGAUCUGGAUCACUUUGGUGCAAUGUCUGCAGAUGAAUCGAAGACAACUCUUGAUAAUUCAGUACAGAUUGUUUUAAUUGGUGCUACUGGCUCUGGUAAGAGCUCUUCUGGAAACACCAUACUGAGACAAAAACUGUUCAAAUCAGAAGCAUCUGCAAAGUCUGUGACCUGUGAAUGUUACAAUGCUGAAGAGACAAUCAAUGGCAGGCAGGUUAGAGUAUUGGAUACUCCAGGCUGGGACUGCACUGAACUCACUAAAGAUGAGGUCAUGUCCCGAAUGAAAGAGGCAUUACAACAUCUUGAUGGACCUUACUCCUUUCUUCUGGUUAUACGUAUUGGCUCUAUGGAAUCUGAAGAAGAAAUUAGUAGAAUCUAUGGACUUAAGGAGGUGUUUGGAGCAACAUUUUUGGAUCAUACCACCAUCCUGUUUUCACGCAGUGAUGACCUUCAGGGGAAUGAUAUUAAACAGUUUAUUGAGGGAGGAAGCAAAGAGUUUUGUGAGCUGUUACAGCAGUGUGGUAACAGAUACCACUGCUGGAACAAUAGAGAUAAAAUAUCUGAUGAGACAGUGGAGAAACUGCUAAAUAACUUGAAAGCAACCCUUUCUUCAGAUAUUUGUGAUCUGGAUCACUUUGGUGCAAUGUCUGCAGAUGAAUCGAAGACAACUCUUGAUAAUUCAGUACAGAUUGUUUUAAUUGGUGCUACUGGCUCUGGUAAGAGCUCUUCUGGAAACACCAUACUGAGACAAAAACUGUUCAAAUCAGAAGCAUCUGCAAAGUCUGUGACCUGUGAAUGUUACAAUGCUGAAGAGACAAUCAAUGGCAGGCAGGUUAGAGUAUUGGAUACUCCAGGCUGGGACUGCACUGAACUCACUAAAGAUGAGGUCAUGUCCCGAAUGAAAGAGGCAUUACAACAUCUUGAUGGACCUUACUCCUUUCUUCUGGUUAUACGUAUUGGCUCUAUGGAAUCUGAAGAAGAAAUUAGUAGAAUCUAUGGACUUAAGGAGGUGUUUGGAGCAACAUUUUUGGAUCAUACCACCAUCCUGUUUUCACGCAGUGAAGACCUUCAGGGGAAUGAUAUUAAACAGUUUAUUGAGGGAGGAAGCAAAGAGUUUUGUGAGCUGUUACAGCAGUGUGGUAACAGAUACCACUGCUGGAACAAUAGAGAUAAAAUAUCUGAUGAGACAGUGGAGAAACUGCUAAAUAACUUGAAAGGUACAGAGAUAAAAAACACAAAUACAGAGAAGAGUGAAAUGCACAAUGCAGAAGAAAUCCCUUUACCUUGUCCCCGUCAUAGUGGGAAGCCAGCAAUUAGGGUACCUAGUGCAAAGAGGUCAAAUCCUGCAGUAGCAUUAGAAGGUCAUGCAAAUGACAACCAUAUCAGAGUUUUAUUCCUUGGAAUGAAGAGGGUUGGAAAGACCUCAAGCAUCAAGACUCUUCUUGACAAUCAAAGUUUGCAAAUUAAAGCUGAAGAACGUCCACUUUAUUCUUGCACAUGGUCUGGACUAAGUCUAAAGCUAAUAGAAUCUCCUGGCUUUGAGGAUGAGCUUGAACAAAUCGAGAAGGCCAUCUUCACAUCCUUGUCUGACUGCUCUCCUGGACCUCAUGUCAUCAUUAUUGUGCUGAGUGUGGAGCGUUUCACUCCAGCUGUAAAGACAGCCAUGGAACAUGUACAAAAUUGUCUUGGACAAAAUGCCAGAAAACACACAAUGAUUCUGUUCACUGGAGCAGACAAUUUGGAGGGCAAACCCAUUGAAAUAUUCAUACAGGACAAUGAAGAUCUCCAUAAAUUAGUGAAUAAGAGCAGAUUUCAUGCACUGAAUAACAGAGACAGCAGCAAUAAAACCCAAGUCGAUGAACUGCUGUACAAGAUUAAGGACUUGUACGAAAAAAAUAAUGAAGGAUAUUACACAAAAAAUCAAUCAUGUCCAGAUUUUGAUAACCAAAAAGCAGGAAUGCCACCUGAAAAGCGAAGCUCGUUCAGCUGUUUCAACAAUGGUAGGAUUUUGGACAGUGAAAAGAGUGAUUAGCCCAAGGAUGCAUGUUUUGUUUAUUGUGAAUACAGUUAUGAUAAUUUUCAUCUUUGUUUUCUUAUCACUUUCAGGUCUUUA